AGUAAUAAGUGCAGUGGAAACAGCAGGUACAAAAAUAAAUAAGUACAAUCAAUAUUACAAUGAAGAAUCGCCAUUCGAUAAUAUAUACAGAGUUCAAAAUCCUAAUAUACCGAGAGAGCUUACUGAAAAUGUAUAUAACACAGCACUAAAGUCAAACAAACUUAUGUCUCAAUAUCCUCACAUUUUUUUAGACAAAAACUCUAACUCAAAAGAAGAAACAUAUUUUGAAAAUCAAUAUCAGGUUAAUGAUAAGCCAUACAGGAUUGUAGCAUCAGCUAAACCAGUGAUAACUGAUCAAGACAUGCUAAUAACUACUGAAUACAAUCUUGCUAAUGUUUUACAAAAUUUAAAUAUACCAAAGGAUGAAGAUAUGCUUGGAGCAAUAAUGCCCUCUUUAUCAGGAAGCAACUAUAAGAUUACAGUCAAAAUGUCACCAAAAAAUAAAACUGAUACAAAUGCACAAUUCAAAGAAGUUCAUACGACUGUUAAUAAAAGUUUUGACGAAAAUGGAUUCCGUCAUUACACUUUGCUUAACAUGUCCCAAAUAUCUAAAAUAGAAACGCUUAACAAAACUGACAAAAUACAAGGCGCGCCUUUGAGUGAUAACGAUCAAAAAAAUCAAAUCAAAGCGUUACUGAAAUUACAUAAAAAUAAUAUUGAUCGUCAAUUACACAGUUUAUUUACAGAAAGUAAUCAUUUAGAAAAAUUUCUUGUUUCAAAUAAAAUAUACAAUAUCGAUAGAACAAUUAACUUAUAUAAGGAUGAGGGAAAUAGUUCGGAGUCAGUAAAUGAAGAAAAACUUUAUUCUUUAAAUAAUUUGGAGUACAACAGUACUGAAACGACUUCUCUUACAACAAUAUCACCAGCAUCUUCAAAACCUGUACUUACAGAUAUAGUAUCAAUAACAACUGAAAUGCCAAGCAUUGAUAAAACCCUAAUAAUAGACACAAUCAAACAAAAUGAGAAAGUAACGUACGAAAUAUUGAAAAAAAUUGAUACAAACACUGAAGUACUACAAACUAUCCUUCAAAAAAUUUCAGAUAAAUUAGAUUUAGACAACAAAGAAAGUACAGCUGUUAAAACGACAGAAAAACCUACUGUUGAAAUAAAAUUUAAUCUCUCUAAAGAUUGGAAAACUCAUGGAAGAAAUAGAGAUUUAAUUCCCGUUCCUAGCGAAUUUAGAAAUGGUACUGUACCAUUUGUUUAUGCUUACCAAGAAAGUAUUCCAAUGAACAAUAAAGCACCAUCACAGUUAUGGGCCAGCCUGGUCUACCAGGGUCACAUAAUGUCAAAGCCAAAUGCCGAAAAUAUGACUAAAAGUAACUACAGAAAAUCCUCACAAAAAAUUGAACCAAAUGUAAAUAAAGACAAAACGAAAACAUUCAACGAGCCAGAACUUUUACUGAAGGAUUUGAACAAUUUCAAAAUAAUUCCAAAUGAGGAACGUGUAAUAACGGCGAAUAUUAAAAUAAACACAACUAAAGUGUAAAUUAUGGAAUCUUUAUUUUGUUUUAUAAGUAGAUAAAA